CGGCGACGGCAGCGGCUGGCGGUGGCGGUGGCGGCUGAUCACGACACAGUGGUGGCAGCAGCGGACUAUGGUAGCAGCAGCCAACAGCAGUGGUGGCGGCCGGUGGUUGCUUCCGGAAUUCUAACUGCAGCAGAUUAACUGAUUGCAGACAUGGACAUCAAGUAUAAUAGAUGGAAGAACAUUACAGCAGUAAUGUUAGGUACUAUAAACAAUGAGACGUUUUUUAAAGCCCGUAGCGUUUCCGUGGUUCUCGAUGAACUUCGGAAAUGGAAUGAAAAUGCAUAUGUGCCAAAAGUGAUCUCCAUCGGCCCCCGAUACAAUGGGAGACAGGAACUGCUACCCAUGGAAGAGAUAAACUGGCGUUGUAUGUUUCAUCUUUUUAACCGAUCACUGGGAUAUACUAUAAGUCCAGACAAAUAUGUAAAUAAUUGCAUGGAUACAAUUUUGAAGAUGGAUGUAGCAGUUCGUUCAAGCUAUUUGGGAGAAAUAGAACUCGACAGGUACGAUUUGGCUGCAAUUGUGUUUAAUGAUGGUUGUUUUUUGUUAGAGUUUCUCAUCUCUGGAUCAAGCAUAGAUUCAGUAAUACCACCCUUCGGAGGAAGGAUUAGUGCUAUUGGUCCUAACCCGGCACUUGAAAUUGGAAAAAUGGAAGUGGUCAUGAGAGAUCAUACAUUGUUGGAGAACCAGAUACCACUUUUUGUUCUUGGUGUGUUGUUUCAAAAUAUUUUUGAUAAAGGCUUUCAUUAUUUGGUUCAUGAAAUACAUAACCGGGCUUUGUCUCUCUUUGGCUUCCAUGGGGAUUUGAAGUCGGUUGAUUCCAAAUUUGCUCAUUUUCUUGAACUUGCUUCCUGGAACAUUAACAAGGAGUGAGAGGGACUACAGAUGGUGGAUAAUAAAGAAACCCAAUCUGAGUCCAAUCUUGUCAAUAUCAAUGAACAAGUUAAGUAUCAAUGCCUGAAUCUUUGUGCUACUAAGCUCAAAGCCUAUGGGGUUACAAUCAAACCUCCUGCACAAGUUAGCACCUUGAAAUUCGGCAUGAAAUUCAGCGAUGGUACACUAGAAAUUCCGCAGGUGCAUAUUACACGAGCAAUGAAAUCAAAGUGGCUGAAUUUAAUUGCUUGGGAACAUCACAAGAAAUGGAUAAAACCAAAGAGUUAUUCGGAUACCGACAAUGAAAAUCAACACUGGCGCGUAGCUACUUCUUCUGCAUUGCUUAUCAAUGACUUGAUAUGUUGCUCAAGUGAUGUUCAACUUCUCAAAGAUAGUAAAGUUAUUGAAUUGGAUGAUGAUUUGAACAUGAACAAUCGAGAUUUGAUGGUUGUUUUACACUCACUGACUAUGGGAGUAGAUCGUGGCAUAAUUGAUCCCAUAUAUAGCAGCAACUUUGAUGCAUUGCUUCGAUUAUACCUAUUUGCACAAAUGCCUCGACGAUUUCCGCUCGUUAAUAUGUAAACUCCAAUGAGCAUAUCUUGAGUUGGUACGGCAAUGGGAUAUAUUCGGCUGCAAACUGCAACACAAGAAUCCCUAUACUGCUUUGGCAUUACUUUAGCCGAGUUUUUAAUUGGUUUUACACCUUUCGGAAAUUUCUUGGGCAGGGUUACAACUUUGCUGCUACAGCAGUGACUUUACUCACUGUUGUACAAACUGUUUAUGCAAUCCUCAGCUAUCAUUUUCCCAAGUCCUAGGCCCGGUGCUUCUUGCUGAAGCACAAAUUGAAAAGCUCCUUUCUAGAGAAGUUAUUUUGUGUUUGGAUGUAAAUAUAAACCAGUCCUUAUUUAAAUUGAAAGUGUGUGUUUGUAUCACCAUGUAACAUAACAAGUGCUAAAUACCGUGUGCAAUAGAAAAAGUCA